AUGAUGUUCUCCAGUACGAAUAUGUUUGCUGUGGUGUUUGUCACUGUCCUCGUUUUGCUGCCUGUGGGUUUGUCAGCCUCUCUGACCUGCGAAGACUUACUGCGGCCUUUGGAUCAGCCGGAUCUUCAUCAUAUGGUGGGCAGAUGGGAUUUGGUUGCAGGCAGUUUCAGUGAUCCAGCGCACCUGGAGUUCUUCAAAUUUAGGAACAGCUCCAAUAUUUACAUCUCCAAUGCGACGUCAAGCUCCGACAUUACCUAUACGACCGUUGUCCAUAUGGGUGGAAAGUGCCACUACGGCACUUACAACGUCACCCUCAAAGGCAGCACCAUCGUCUUCGAUGUACGACAUCAGAUAAAAACAACUUUGACUUUGAUUUGUACAUCUUGUGCAGAUUGUGUGGUGAUGCGCUUUGACAACGGUUCAAAAAAAGCAGAACGCUUGUGGCUGUUUAGCAAGAGAAGAGAGGUGGACCCAAAGGAAUUGGAGGAAUUCAGAUCUCAAGUGGAGUGCCUGAACAUGCUUCCACCUGUUGUCAUGGAUCCCAACAAUGAGAUUUGUAAAGAACUGGGCACUGAAAAACAUCAAGAAGCCUAA